UGUACUAGUAUAUGAUACUCUCCAUUACAACCAACCUCAAGUGUGUUCUGACUUUUAAGGUUGCUUCCUUUGGUUCGAUGGAGCGCGUUUCACUUCCCACACCGAGGAAUACAUUACUCUUAUGUCUGAAAAUUAGUUACUACACCAUCCGUAUCAAAGUACUUGUUGUUAGGGGAAACUAGUACAAAUUCCCCCAACUAUAAGUAUAAAUUUGAGUUUGGUCUAUCUAACAACUCCCUUCACAAAGCGCUGAUGUAACCACAUCCAAAUAUGUAGUCCCUGUCAAUGGCACACCAGCAUAAUCCCGAGCGAAUAAUCUGACGAUAUAAAUACGAGCCAUGCGCCUAGUCCUAAUGCACACAAGGAUCUCUUCAUUUGUUACGAACCCGUACUGCUAUUGACCCCUUCAAAUCAGUGGAAUAAAAGGAGUAGUCGCUCUCGCUGCUGAUGCGGCUGCUGCUACUGGUAUGUUAACCACCAGAGAAGCGUCGGUUGAGGCUCCAAUUAUUCAGACAAACCAAACGUAAUCAUCAGAAGAGUCCACUUCAGCUCGAAAACUUCGAAGAGGAGGCAGCACUGUGCACGCAACCACAAGAGACAUAAAAUCGAAUCAUGUUGCUCCAGCGCCAGUUAGCCUACUCAACGGCACUGCCCGUUCCCAGCCUCAAGCGCUAUGCAUUUCGCCAUGUCGCCCGACAGCCUCCUCCUCUUCUACGCCGUCGCGGCGGCCGUCACCGCCGCCUUCGGCCUCUUCUCGCUGUACAAGCACCUCUUGCGCCGCCGGCGGCACAACCCCCGCGCGGAGGCUCCGGACGGGGACCCGGAGGAGCGCCUGCCGCUCGCCGUGAUUACGGUGGCGUCGAGCCUUCUCCCACCGUUCAUGUACAACCGGCUCGUCCGGCACAGUGGCAAGGACGACGCCGGCUCGGCGGAGUGCGCGGUCUGCCUCGCCGCCAUCCGGGUCGGCGCCAUGGCGAAGCUGCUGCCGGCGUGCGCCCACGUGUACCACGUCGAGUGCAUCGACCUGUGGCUGGCCUCGCACUCGACGUGCCCUCUCUGCCGGUGCAGGGUCGGCGAUGAUCGCUCGGCUCAGGACCUUGCUUGUCUUUCACCUGCAUAGAUUGAUCGACCAUCACAUAGGCAACACCGCGAGAGAUAUUUGUACAGUUUUUUUUUUCUUUUUUCCUUUUUCUGAACUUCGAGAUAAAAUCUGCAUGUAUGCUGAUGCUGGUGUAUAGUGUGUGAACCGUAGACUCGUGUGUUUCACUGGAGUUGCAUUUGGAUAUCUCAGACGUCAGGAUCCCAUGAAGGCACGAACUGACUGCCAAAUUACACAUUUCCAGUGUCAACAUGUGAGACCGAGAUAUUUCUGGCCGAUGCAGCAUUCGAGCAGGGCAGCAGGGGAAUACAUGACAUAAUGCCAAUGUACUCAUCAGGAAUGCAAUAAUGAGAUAUUACACAUAGCAGGAGAUAAAUACAUAAAACGGAAGCAAGCCGAAUAAAAUGUCUUUUUGAAAGAAAUAAAACAAAUAAAUGUUGUAGUAGGAGGUGAAUGAAUGCAUGAAAUCGAAGCAAAAAAAUGCAAGUACAGGAAAAAAAAAAGGGGAGGCAUCCGA